AAAUAAAUUAAGAACUUGAAUUCUGGCAACACUUCCCUUUCUUUUUGAACAAAACUCUUCGUCCUCCUCCCUCCUCUCACUAACCUUAGCUACACUACUUAUUUGAUGUAUGAUUUAUUCAUGUACAUUAUCUCAAGUACCUUUUCAUAUAUGUGCCACUCAGCCCAGGGGGAGAGGGGGUUCGCUUCAAGGAGCCGGAUCACUGAGCCAUGUUCCCCAAUCGAAGGGAUGGGGGUCUGGAUGGCGUCUUUGAUGGAUCUAUACGCCUCUUCCACCCCCCAAAGCAAGCCACUAACAAGAAGAAACAUUCCUUGGAGCUCCUUCACUGCUGCUGCUGCUGGAGAGAGCUUUCAACCGGAGAUGAGCUUCACGGAAAAGCAGACGUCCUUUCUUUGCCCUCAGCCAGGAGCAGUAGCAGCAACGGCAUCAGAAGAAGGAUUGAACAUCAACGAACGACGACAGGAUCCCCGGGCGAACGAAAUCGACAAAAUUCCUUUUGUAGCCUGGCAGCAAAUGGAAUCUGCGAGGAUUCGAGAGGGGGCUUCGUGGAUGAAGGGGGGAAAACUGGACAGAGCAAAACGCUCCAUCAAAAGCAGCAGCAGAACAGCGGGGGAAAGCUUGGAAAGCUUGACGCGUCCUUUUUCCUCGACGGCAACGACGACGACUGCAACGAGGAAGAAAAAUGAGUGAUGGUGCGAUGAUGGCGAGGAAAGGUAAGUGGAAAUAAUUUCAUAAUGUUGCCAUUUUUCGAACUCGUGGGUGGAUGAGGUUUCAAAGUCUGGUGAGGUAGAGAAAAAAGGAAACUGCAUUUCUUUGCGUAGUAACAGUCGUACAACAUAGUAAGAAUAGUUAGUGGAAC